AUGUUGCUUCUGCCACGAGGACAGCCUGGUCGUAAAUUUUGUUCCGUGAAGCAGAAGCGUCCUUGCCCGUGGAGCGGCGGAACGGGGCCGGCAUCCGGGCCCGGUACCGGUCUCGGCCGGCGACGAGCUUGUGGACCCACUUCACCGUGUCCGCGACGGAGCCUAGGACCGAAAUGA